AUGGCAGGCACUGCCCCCAUGUUCCUGGUGUCCAUAAUGCACGAAAUUCCUCGCAAGGUGCGGGAGCGAGUCGAUUUCAAGGCUGGCACUGCCAUCACCAAUCUUUCGGAAAGUGAUCCUCUGAAUAUGUGUAGUCUUUGCACGGCCGGAUGGGAUCAGCUGGAGAUGGGCCAGUUUCGACUGCAUUCGUCUUCCUUUGGAACAGACGAUUUCAUGUUAAUUAUGAAAUUUCUACUGGACAGAGUCGUACCAUCGUUUCAAAGAAAUCAACACAACGAUGACGAGUGGCUCAUGGACACCAUUGAGACACUGUACGCAGGACGAAUGCGGGAGGAUAGCGCGAACAAGAGCGAGGUCGAGAGGAAUUUGGACAUUAUGGAGAAAUGGCGUCGCGGACUGGCACAUGUUGCCAACUACUGCAUUGAAAAUCGCAUGAAAACCCCCCUAGGAAAACCAAUGGACACUUUCAACAAACUUGGAGGGGAACUUCUUCGACUGGCAAAAGAAGCCAUCUCGGGAACACCAACCCCAAGUACCAGCAGCAAAGCUCCGAAUCAUAGCAGAGUUGCCGCAAGAGAUAAGGGAGCCAAAGACGAUGAAGAAGUUGUGGAUGUUAAUGAUCCGAGGUCAAUUACACCGGCAGAAGAAUGGUGGCGGGUACGGUGCCUUCUUGAGUUCGUUGAGAGUCGUCCAGUAUUAUUUCAGAUCUUCGAGAAACUCAUGUAUUAUGUGAACAGCGGAACCAUGUUCCCGAUAUGUAACGUUUCCGUUGUGAUACGCUUCGGCACAUCUGCACUAGCGGAUCUUGAAAAGAAACAAAUGAAAGCAGGUGAAACACCCUCCUCGGUCUCCAGCCAGUCCAUGGCAAUUUUGUGCUGGAUGGCACGAGCUAUGGCUGAGCUUGGAAUGGAACAGGCUGUUCACGGGUUGUCAGCUUGGACUAGUCGCGUUUAUCACACUGAGAUGCCAUUCUUAGCUGCAAUCGCCGAGAUCGCUGCAGCAAGAUAUGAACGAUCUUUGGUUCUGCUUCGAAAGUGUAUCGAAGACGAAAGUCUGCCAGAGACAUUCCGAGGAAUGCUGAGAGAUAUUCGCGUUGACGUUCUAUCUCGUUUACGUCAUCCGGUUUUCUUGGAUUCCUUGAGUUGCCCUGCUGAAUUUUCGCUGUGGACUGAAGCUGAGAAAUCGGAAGGUCAAGUACCUACAGGAAUGGACGCGGAAACAUUCACCAGACUCAAACAGUUAUCCAUGUAUGGGAAAGUGGAAGCUGCCGAACCAUCGCCCGGAGUUUCGUGGAACCUCGUUGAUGCAACUCAUCGUCUAGAAUCUAAACUGCUACAGACAUUGCGGAGGGCCGAGGUAGCGAGCAUGCGGGAGAAUGUCGCAAACACGGCUCGUUUGGUGUUGAUGACUGAUGGAGGACAGCGCUUGCAUGGCAGAUUGGCAGCUCUGAAUCACAUAGCUGGUUCUGUUCUGCGUAAGAUGGGCAGAAAGGGACAGAUUGACUCCGAACUGAAUGCGGCAGUGCUGUCAGAUUUAGCGGCUUCGUUCCUCGUAGAGAAUGGAGAAACUUACGACGCUGGUGAACGUCUUCGACUAGGCAGACAAUUGGCGUUGCUCAAGCCCAGCGCACCUACACUUGCCAUUGGCUAA